CUAAUCUUUGUUGACUGCGUGCCAGACACGUGGUCGUCUUCUUCGUCGGCAUGGAGUCCAGCUCGAUACCGUCGGAAAUGGAUUCCCCCGGCGAAGAUAUCAUGCUGAUGGAGACCGUGAAGAGAAUAGUGACGCAUGAAGGACGCAAUGAGUCAGAGGAGACCUUCUUCCUGAUAUCACAGAAUCAGGCGGUGCAGUAUCCCGAGGGGCCGAACGUCGAGGAAACGGUGUCCCACACGCAUCAGACGGACGUUGCGCUAGAGUGGAUACGCCUCUGCAGGAUAUGCGCCAACUCGAGCGACCACACGAUACCCAUCUUCGAGGGCUACGGAGCGCAGCAUGACCUGUCCACCAAAAUACUCAAGUACUUGCCGAUACACAUAUCCGAAAGCGACACUCUGCCAUUACAAUUGUGCGAGAAUUGUGCGAACCUCCUGAUGGCCUGGCACGAGUUAAGCGUGGGAUGCCUGAAUGCGGAGAGGAAGCUGCUGGAGCUGCAGGAUGCACAACUGCAAGAGAAGCAGCAGUAUUACAAUCCUACUUCUUUGGAUAAUAUAGAACUGACUACGCCAAUACUUACAACAGCCAGCACAACUAUUGCAUCUAAUAUCACAAACUCACCACCAAAUCAGCAGGACAAUGAUGACAAAAAUGGAGUUUGUGAUACAGAAAAAAUUUAUAAAUCUAACAGAUGGACGCGUCAAGUGUCGAAAGAUGAAUCGGAGAGGUACACACAAAUCAAUUCGCCAAGGAAUGAGCGGUCUGAAGAACAUAUUAAUAUCGAGGAGACUCGAUUGACGAUAUCCAGCGAAAAAAGCCUUUCAUUAACGCAUUCCGCUGAUUUUGAUGAAAAAUUGGAAAGGGCCAAUUCGACAGACUCUCAUUCGAACAAUUCUGGGCAAGUACAAAAGUCUCAAGAAAAACACACCAUAGACUAUCAAGGAUGUACGAAACGAUUGAAACAUUUAUCGGGACAACAUGCUGAAUCAAUUCGCUCGAAGAUGACGGAAGAUAGUGGAUGUGCCUCUCACAAGUGUGAAGAAUGUGGGAAAGUUCUCUCCACGUCGUACAAUUUACUAAUUCAUCGCAAUAUUCAUACCGGCAUGCGGCCCUAUAUUUGUACCAUUUGCGACAAAAGCUUCCGAUCGGCGUCCGGUCUGAACAGGCACGUGCGCGACGUUCACGACAGAGUUAAGAAUUUCGCCUGCGAUAUAUGCGGCCGUCAUUUUGCCUCAAAAGCGUCGAGGGACGAGCACAGACGUAUACAUUCCGGCGAGAGACCCCACGUGUGCGAGACCUGCGGUAAGUCCUUCAAGCAGAAGGCGUCUUUACACGUGCACCGACUCUAUCAUUCUCAAGUCCUGCCGCAUCGUUGCGCUCUAUGCGAUCGCGGUUUCAGGAGGAAGCAGGAAUUGGAUAAACACGUGUCCUGGCAUUCCGAUCGAAAACCGUACGCCUGCGAUAUUUGCAACGAGCGUUUCCGCAGCAAAGGCUGCGUCGCUCGUCAUCGACACACUCAUACCGUUCAGCGCUCACACGUUUGCGCGAUCUGCGGCGCUAAGUUUACUCAGGAGCGAUAUCUGAAGAGACACUGUGAUAGUUUACACACAUCUGUAGGAACAUUGAAGAAUCAAAUCGUCACCCACGAUCAGAUAAUCGCCCGUAGUCAUUCUCGGCGAGCAUACAAGACGGGAGAACACCAAAGUAAAAUCUAUUCAAUCCAAACUAAAACGUUCAAUGUAGUCGAUAGAGAUUCAGAGAGUAUUAUUUCUCCUGCAGAUAAUAUUGAUAAUAAAUUAACCGAACGUUUAUCUCCCACAAGUACAUCUUCUGAAAUAUGCUUGUCAGAUAAGUUAAUGAAUGAUGCAAAAAAGAAAAGUAUCGAAGACAAAGGUUCUAAUUCUGCUAGUCAGAUGCAAGCAAGUUGUGCGAAAAGGACAAAGACCACGCGGGAUACGCAGCAGGAAGCUGUAACUAAAGUGAGCAAAUCCAAUGAACAUUUGGAGAAGAAUGUCCAACAAUCCAAAUGCAAAAAAACUACCUGCACUAGUCCGACAAUGGUCUGCAAAUCUUGUAACAAGAAGUUUUGCUCGCGGAAAAGUUAUUGGGCCCACGUACGUACGCACUCUGGCGAGAAAUCAUACACGUGUCACAUCUGCGGGAAACAAUUUGUUCAGAGUGGCAGUCUAUAUUAUCACCUGAAACACGUGCACGACGGCGUGAAGAAUCACACUUGUGAUAUAUGUGGUCGCAGCUUCGCUAUGAAAACUGCCAUGGAAGACCAUCGACGUAUCCAUACUGGUGAACGUCCAUAUGUAUGCCACACUUGUGGCAAAACGUUCAAAACCAAGGCGUCCCUCUACAUACACAGUAAAACCCAUACAGAUGAGUUUCCGCAUAAGUGCACCUAUUGCGGCAAGAGAUUCCGCUGGAGACAACAAAUGCUGGGUCACUUGACAGUGCACACGGGCGAAAAGAAUCAUACGUGCGACGUAUGUGGCAAGGGUUUUGGCGUGAAGAAUGAUCUGACCAGGCACAAACGUGUGCAUUCGGAGGAGAAGCCAUAUACAUGUCAACAAUGCGGUAUCAGCUUCGGGCAGAAACGUUAUCUCAAAAGUCACGAACGCUUAAAAUUAGGGACGUGCGGGUUACUCGCAAAAUUCAAGACGAAUUGAGUCUGAUUAGUCUCCUCAAAUAUGAGUUGAAGUAAGAUAAAUAAAAACUUUGAAUAAUGCAAACGUUCCUGAUAUUAAAAAGUUUAAGUUGUUUGAAAAAUUUGUGAUAAUUACAAGUAUUCAUGUAAACCUUGAUUACAGGAUAGUCUAUUAAUAAUGUUACAUUAGAGGAAAGAUAAUUUUAAAUAAAGUAUGAAAUAGAAUCAUGUUAUAAAUAUGAAGUAGAAUCUUUUUUUGACAUGAAAUUUUGCUUUGAUAAGUAAGAAUACAUUAUGUUUUAAAUUUGUAUGACUUUUAGUAAUAAUAUGCCAUGGUAAUAGUUAAUUAUAAAUAAUACAAUUAUUAAUUAGUCAAUUUUAAUUUUAAUAUUGAUUAUUAAAUUAAUCAUGAAUUAAAAACUAUGAUUAUUUAUUAAUUGAUAAAAAAUGGUAUAUUUUAUAUAUGAUAUGUAUGUAUGUGGAUGUGUAUAUAAAUUGUAAUAUUUAUUUUAUGUAAGGAUUACUGAUAUUAUACAACUUAAUUUUUAUAAAAACAAUGAUUAAAAAGGCCUUUGAUAACGAUUCUCAAUGCGUACUAGCAUAUAACAACUAAUUUAAUUAAAAAAGCACAAGGUGCUGCAUUUCAAAUUUGAGAAAUGUUAGAAGAAACAUUUGAAUAUACAUAAUAACUUCCACAAAUUUUCUUCACAUAGAAUUAUUCGUUUUCAAUUUGUACCUAUAAAUAAAAAGAAUAAUGUAAUAAGAACAAAAAAUGUAAUAUAACAUGUAGUGUAUGCAUGUGAAUAGGUUUCUUGUAUACAUUAUUAACGUGCAUAGAAUUUUACUAUGAAAAAUAUUUUUUUAUCAUAAACAAAGACACAAGAUUAUUGGAAACAUAAUAACUGCAUAUUGCAUUCGUGUAAAACAUGUUAGAAAUUUUUCUGAACGUACGUAUAUAGACUUUACUAAAUUUUACAUUACAGUUAUUUUGUGCAUUAUACCUGAGGAAAAAAUGUUUUAUAUAUAAUUAUAUAUAAUGAUUACAUGAAAUUAUGUGCAAUCACAUAAUUAUAUAUAUAUAAUUUUUCAAAAGAUAUAGUGUACUAAAUCAAUCUCAUGACGUGUGAUAUUUAGAUAAAAUUUUUUUUCUUACUAUUAAGUAAACCAAACAGAAAUAUAGAUAGAUACACACACACAAGAAAACAUUCCUAUAUAUGUAAAACUUUGUACAUAAAUCAAAAAUGACUGAAAAAUAAAAAUCUGGCAAAUUAAUCAUUUUAAUAGAAAAUCAUUAAUUGUCAUCAAUAAAAAUCAACAUUUCAAAUAUUUUCUGCAAUAUCCCAUUACAUGUUUACUUCUUAAUAAAAUAUUUAACAAAAGAGUUAUAUUUUACUUAGAUAUUUAAAUAACUAAGACGCGCAUUCCUUAUACUUUGAAAAAAAUUAUAUGCAAGAUGCUCAUGGUGGAUUGCAUAAAUUCGUUGCAUAAAUAAAAUAAAUUUUAUUUAUGUAUCUUUUAAAUAUGUUAUGCAGUACUACUAUAUUCUCUUACAAUUAGAUAUUUCAGAAAGAUGUCUUAAAGACAUAGAAACUAUGUCUUAAAUGGUAAUUAAAUCAAAGACUUUUUCUAUAAUUUAAAAAUAAAUUAAUAAUGAACUUUCAACGGAUAAUAUUUAUGAAAAAUGAUCUCUCUCCAAUACGUAAAAAAUACAUACAUAUUUCAAUGACUUAAGUGUUUGCAAGUGUUAUAAUUAGAACAAUAUUACACAUACGACGAUAACAAUUUAUAAAUAAAUCACUGCCAUUGCAACAUGCACGACCACAAUAGAAAGCAGACAUAAAGAUACUGAAUGAGCCCAUGUUCUGCUCUUUGACGUUUUCACAAUAAAAGAGCUGCCUAAUUUGGAUAAUUAUCUAUACAGUCACAUUAAUCAGUAAUCGAAAAUUUACACAGUUUAUCUAGUGAUAAUAUUUAUAAAAGCAAUACAACGUUUGCGUACAAACGUACAUAUAAACAUGAUUGAUUUGUUUCUAAAUGUGUUUGAGAGAGAGAGAGAGAGAGAUAUGAAAACAAUUCAUAUACGUUCCUAGCAAGUUCAAGUUUAAUAUUGUAGAGUUCCUUGAGUUCAUCAGCUGUACGUACUGUAACAUUGGGUUUCCUUUCACAAUUUCUUUUGCAAUUUAAAUUUUAAAAGAAAUUGAAUAUUACGGCUUGAGUUUUUAUAGUAUAUAUACAUAUCACGAGAAAACUUGGUCACAAGAGACGAAAAGUAUGAAAAUCUGACCUCGGAAAAAAGUUAAAAAGGUAAAAAGAUUGAGAAAAAAUCUAAUGAAAUUAGCAUCCACUUGUCACAAAAGUGUAACUUUUUUUUUUAAAGAAAUUUAUAUUAAAAAUGGAAACGACAUCAAUAGGAGCUAGGAAGCGCGGAGCAGAUCAGAAUCUUCUACACUUUAUCCAUAUGAUUCGAAAUCGAAAUAUCUGUGGCAUAUGUAAUCUUCAGUUUAUCACAAAGGAGCUUUUGAACGAACACAUGCAAAAUCAUACGUCUUUCACGUGCGAUUGCUGUAAAAAAAUCUGCGACACUUGGUCAUUAUUACAACAGCAUUAUCAUUCAGUUCACGAAGGCAUGGUAUUCUGUCCUUAUUGCUAUAAAAUGCAUUCCAAUUAUUGGAGGUUGAAACUGCACUGGAGAAUGCACGGUAAGAAAAUGUAUCUUUGGUAUUUGCAUUAAACAAUUUUUCGAAAUAAACAUAUUGCAUAAUGAAAUUGCGUUUAUACAUAGAGCCGCACGAGUGCGAACUAUGUUACGAAACGUUUCAUACAUCGUCAGAUUUGAGGGAACAUCACCUCUCGCUGCAUCGCGAUGUACCACUCAACUUGUCAUUUUGUCCAA